GAUCACCUCACGUGGGUCUUCUCUUCAGUGGCAGAGGAAGGGCUGAGGUUCCAGCGUUCAUGGCCUCACCUGGGACUUGAGUUCACCUGGGCUCAGUUGGGCCCCACCUGCAGCUCCAGAGGCCCCAGAAGCCCAGGUGGCUGAAAGGACAUGGCUGCUGGUGUGAUCCGGCCUCUCUAUGGCUUCCGACUGCCCCUGCAGUCCCACCAGCCCUUCCUGCCCUCAGACCAGGAGCCCCUUGAAACUUCAGAGGAGGAGGAGGAAGACGAGGAGGAGGAGGAGGAGGAGGACAAUGAUGACGGGGAGCCCAAGGAGCUGGAGGGUGAGGGGACCCCUCAGCACUCAGGGGUGGCUGCCCAGGGUCCCAGCAGCCCGGAGACUCCACUGCGGCUGCUGCGCUUCUCGGAGCUCAUCAGUGGUGACAUCCAGCGGUACUUUGGUCGCAAGGACAAGGCACAGGACCCGGAUGUCUGUGACAUCUAUGAGGGUGGCCGCCUGGCCAGCCACUCAGCCCGGGAGCUGUACUAUGCUGACCUGGUGCAUCUGGCUCAGGGCAGGGACCCAGAGGAUGAGGAGGCCACUGAGCCUGGGGCCCACGUGCCCAGGGGAUCUGAGGGGCAGGCAUGCAGGUCAGGCUUUAGCGAGGACCGGCUGCUGCCCCUGGGACCCCUGGCUGAGCUCUUUGACUACGGGCUGCGGCAGUUCCUGGGGCCCCGGGCAUCAGUCGGCCACAGACUGAGGCUAGAGCAGAAAUACAGCCACAUCACCCCCAUGACCCAGAGGAAGCUGCCGCCGUCCUUCUGGAAGGAGCCGGCGCCCAGUGCCCUGGGCCUUCUCCACCCUGGCACACCAGACUUCAGCGACCUGCUGGCCAGCUGGUCAUCGGAGGCUGGCCCUGAGCUGCAGGGUGGGGGUGCUCAGGCGCUGGGGGGGACACAGCUGACCGAAGCCUAGAGAGUGGGCAAGGUCCGGACUGUGCUGGGGGCAGCAGAGCCUCCUCCUCCCCGCUGCUGCCUGGGUUCCCUCCUUCCAGGCAGCCACAACCUGGGAGCCCAUCUCAGGCAAGGCCUUUCCAGGCCCUGGGAGGGUCUGCUCUUGUCCUGAGGCCUAUGGCUGCUACUGCCAGGCUCGCCAGGACUGGCCAGGGGGCAGGACUAGUGGGGGUGUCCAGACUUAACCAGCCCCUGGUCUCAGCCCCCAGAAACACCCGACUGUGCACGGGGGCCCUCAGGGCUCUGCCCACAGAAGGGAGAGCCUGGUCAGGAGCUGUGGUUCCCUGAAGCCGUGGGCUAGGGGCACCUACACACGUGCCCCUCUAGGGAAACCAGUCACUGCGAGGCCAUCCCGAGACUCAUGUCAGUGGUAAGGGCCAGCCCUCCCAGCAGCCCCACGGGGCCAGAGCUGAUGGUCCCUGGUGUAACCAGGGCCAGGGACUCAGGAUGAGCCCGAGUGUUCUUGGAGAGGCAGGAAGAGGAGCCUGACUAUGUAAGCAAACAUGGCUGUGUACUCCCCGGAUUAGUGCUGAGAAGCUGCUUCCUCUGCCAGCACUCUGGUAUGACAGGUCAGCU